AUGAGCACACAAACAUCUUCCAGACCAAUUUUCCAAUUGAGAAAAGAACUAAGUGAAUCAUGUGCAGCUGAUGUUACAGAUUCCAACUAUACAGCCGACAUCUCUACUGAAAAAUCAACUUCAUUAGAGAAGCCUUCUACUACUGCCACAUUUAAUAAUGCCAAUAAAAUUUUAACAGAAAAUGAGGUUUAUACAGUGAGUAGAUUGACUUCAGAGUUACCAUCUUCUCUAAAGAGAGAUAACGAUGAAUCUCAACAGACGAUAGGGUUUAUAGAUACCUCUUUAAGAAAAGCAUUAAUGUGUGAUAGAGACAAUAUUUUCAUUUGGAAUUAUGAUUCUCGUCAAAGAGAUACACCCUCUAUUAGAAUUCCAUUACAUGAUGAAGUAGAAUCCUCAUUAUCCGAAUCACCUGCAUGUCUAAUCACAACACCUCUUGCAGCAUAUGAAUCAACUACAGGAAAUUCCGAAGAUGAUAAUCGAAGGAUGGAAAUUAAUACUAGUGCUGGAAAUUGUGGUGUAAUAAUUUUUGAAAAACAAACUGGAAGGAUUACUUAUUAUGAGGAUGUUGAAUCCAUAAAUAAUCUAUAUCCACAACUCUCAAAAGCAAUGUCUCACAGUCUGGAUCUAAAUUUAGCACAGAAUGAACGUAUCACUAAAGUCUUAAAUUUGGAACCAGCUGGUAUUAUUGUUGCUACAUCUUUAGGUGCUGUGCAUUUUAUUACAAUAAGAGAUAACAUUGGUAAACCAAGAAUAACAUUGAAACAAACUUUGAUUAAAGCUCAUAGAGGUUUACUUUCUCAAUUCUUUAGAGGAUCUCAACAAGAAGCCACAACAGAUAAUUCACAUGCUAUUGUUUCUUUGAAACAAGGACCUGUGAUGGGGAAAGGUGAAAGAUUGUUAUAUAUUACCACCAAAUGUGGUGAUUUCCAAGUUUGGCAAUUAGGAGUAUCAUCUAAGACUUUUAGAAGAAUAAAUGUAAAUGUCUUUAAUAAGAUUUUGGAAUCAUUACAAGAUUUAUAUCCCUUCGCAUAUGGUAGUUUAAAAUUAAUUGAUUCUCAUCCACUAUUAUCUGAUAGUAUGAACGUUCAAUUAUUUUUAUCCACUAUCACAGAUAAUAAUAAUAUGUUCUAUAUUAUUUCCACUAUUAUCCUUGAUGAAAAAUUUGGGGCAUACUCUAUUUUCUCAACAUAUAGAUUAAACACAAUGAAUUUGCCAACUCCAUCUGAACAAAAUACACCAAGGUUAUUAAUUCCAAGCUCGUUAGAACAGAAUAAUAAAUCUAUUGCGUCAGUUUUUGUUUUAUUUCAAAAUUGCCUGGUCAUUACACAAAUUAGUUCCAAACUUGAUUCUAGUUUUACAUUAAAGAGAAAAUGGGAAGAUAUUAUAAGUUUCAAUGAAGAUAUAAAUGUCAUCGGUUAUGGUUAUAGCAUGAACUCACUUUAUAUCAUAAGCAAAGAAGUGGGUGGAAUAAUGAGAGUAGAAUUGAAGGAUUCUGAUGAUACAACAACAACACAAGACUUGGAAGAAACAAGAUUUGUUAAAUCGCAUGUUGAACAAGCAACAUAUUUUUCUAAUGCAUCAUUAAACAAUCCAAUAGAGUUCAAUCUCCCGCCCGGAUUAUCCAUCGAUAGAGAAGUUAUUGAACAUGAUCUACUUUUAUGUAAUGAUGGAAUAUUUGGCUCUACUAGUAAAUUCAUUCCAAAUGCAUCGUCAAAUUUAGAACAACAUUUGAACUCUAGAAUAAACUACUAUAAAAAUUUCUUACGUUUCAUUGAAUUAAAUUUUAAUAACAACAUUUCUCCAAACCUCAAACUUCAAUUAAUCGAAAAUUUUGAAACUGUUAAUUGUGCUUUGAGAUUCCUUCAAUGCCUAGAUAAGAAAGAUAACGUGAGUGCUAGACUAAAUACUAUAUGGUUAUCAGUUCUUUCUAAAAAUAAUAUCCAACUUGAGGAUUUAAUAGUUAAGCAACUUGAUAAAUUUCCAUUAAUAUUCAUCGAAUUCUUAAAAUCAGUUGAUUUUGAUACAGAAUCUAACCAAUUCAAAUGUAAAUUGAUAAAUCUUCUGAUUUCAUGUUUCUAUGAAGCUAUUUUAGAAGAUGGUGAACGUACUGUUAGAUAUGAUAUGUUUAAACUAGAUCCAUUAGAGGUUAACGAUGAAAAAUUACCAUGGUACAUUAAUUAUGAAAUCUUAAAUUUCGUAAACAAUUUAUUCUUCAAUUAUAAGUUUAGCAUAAAGGCAGAGGCACCCACUGAUACGGUCAAAAAGGAACAAUUCCUAACAUUGUUGAAGAUAUUAUACUAUUUCUUCAAUCAGAUUAAAUUAUGGCGCACUCAAGCGGAAAGGGAGAUUGAUCAAACAAACUUAGAUUUGGUUGCGAAACUUUAUGAUAACAACCAUACAGCGUGGAAUGAUGUUCUUUGCGAAUUGAACUAUAAGGAGCAAUCAAUAAGGAUUACGGAUUUUUAUCAAGACUUCGAAUCCUUGGUACAAACUUUAGAAACAUUGGAUGGUCAAGAUAGCCUUUAUGAGCAAUUUUUCGAAAAGUUCGACUAUGAUUUUGCCUCGACUUUAUUUUCCUAUUAUAUCACAAACAAUAAACUGUCGAAAUUAUUUUAUAGAUUCCCUGAACAACAUCAUCAAUUAGUAAGAUUCUUUGAAGAAAAUAUUGAUAAAUAUAGAAACAUAUCGUGGAUUCAAAACAUUAUGGACGAUGAUUACUCUAAGGCAUCAAUGGAUCUGGUCAAAUUAAAUUUGUUAGGAAACUCAAUUGUAAAGAACCAAACUUAUUUAAAUAUUGCUAAAUUAAGUGGUUUGGUUGAUGAAACUAAUAUCGAUGUCGAUGCGUUAAAUGAAAUCCAAUCACGUUUAGAUUUAAUAGAUGGGGAAAUUGAUUUGAAAAACAAAUUAAAACAACACGCUAUUGAAAUAAAUUCUAGAUAUGAGAAAACUCCUUUUAAGAAAAUAUACGAUGAAACCAGUGAAAAAUUACAGAAAGGGAUCACUAUUCCCUUUAACCAGGUAAUCGAACAAUACAGUCUUUUGAAUGAUGCAGAAAGUUUCUUCUGCGCUUUGAAAUUGAUAGCAUUUAACAGCAACUCAAUUGAAUAUGAAAUCAAGAAAUUUUUAAUUGCAACUCUUUGGAGAAGAUGUAUUCUAAGUGAUAAAUUUAUAACAGAGUACGAUACAUCUAAACAAUUAUCAGAUAGUAUGGUUUAUCAAGUUUUGGAAGGUUUUUUCGGUCAAGAACUUUUCCUAUCGGAUAUAGCUUUACCAAGCGUUAAUGCUGUUACUGAUAGAUAUAUUGUGACAGAAGAAUAUCUGACAAACACUUACGGUGAAUUCACUUCAAAUGAAAAUGAUAUCUCUCAGAUUAGAAACUGCAUUGAACAAGAUAUUCAAGAAGUUAGUGAAAUUGCUCAACUCGGAGUACACUUGCACACUAUAAUCAAUGCUGCCAAUGAAAGCACAGGUAACCAAUGUGUUGUAAAUUAUGAAACUAACACUAUUGAACCAAAUUAA